GCGCGCGCGCGUGCUCCCUCCCUUUGCCAGGAAACCAUGGGAUAGCGCCGCCCGGGGGUGCACAGGCGCGCGCGCCCAGCUGGACAUUCCUCCUGAGGAAGAACCCUUGACCACCACCAGGAACAAUUUAGGUCCUGUUGGGAGUUUCCUCCUUAGUUUGGCAACCAGAAAGACAGGGCUGCCUUGCUGAAAACUGUUCCUUGGUGUUCCCUGACCUGCUGUAUGCCUCAGCAGAGCCCAAGAAGCACAGAUUAGUGGCAGAUCUUCCUGGGAGCGGUUGAAUCUAGGACUGCAGGAUGGAGACACAGAGGCUGCUGACCCCCGUGAACAGCUACGGGUCCCAGGAUGAGGAAGGCAAGAUGAGCCUCAGUGCGGCUUCACUGCAGCCAGAAGAGGAGGACCUCCGCAGGCGCCUUAAGUAUUACUUCAUGAGCCCCUGCGACAAGUUUCGUGCCAAAGGCCGCAAGCCUUUUAAGUUGGUGCUCCAGCUGGUCAAGAUACUCAUUGUUACCAUCCAGCUCAUCCUCUUUGGACUCAGCAACCAGAUGGUCGUGACCUUCAAGGAGGAGAACACCAUGACCUUCAAGCACCUCUUCCUGAAGGACUAUGCAGAGGGGUCAGAGGACACGUACGCGGUCUACACGCAGGCGGAUGUCUACGAGCGCAUCUCCUAUGCCGUGGGCAAGUACUUGGCCCUUCCCAAUGAGACGAUCGGACGCUAUGCCUAUGUGCGUGCAGCCGGGGCCAACCAGUCAGCUCUCAUGCUCUGCCAGCAGUACUACCGCAAAGGGAGGAUUGACCCCGCCAACGACACCUUCAACAUCGAUCCCAAGAUUGUCACUGAGUGCCUGGGUGUGGAUCCCCCAGAAAAGAUAAUUUCGCCGGACCCUGUGAGAGAUUUUCCAGUCUACCAAGAGCCAGGCUACAGCUACAGGAAUUUUACGCUCAAGUUUUACAAGCUGAUAAAUGUCACCCUCCAGUUCAAGCUGAAAGCCAUCAACAUCCAGACCAUCAUCAACAAUGAAAUCCCAGACUGCUACACCUUCUCCAUAAUGAUCGUGUUUGACAACAAAGCACAUAGUGGCCGAGUGAAGAUCCAUCUGGACAACAGAGUGGACAUCCAGGAGUGUAAAGACCCCAGUGUGUUUGGCAAAGGAGACAAUAGUUCACGGAUGUUCUUUGAUGUGGUUGUGCUCCUCGUCUGCGUGCUUUCCUUCAUCCUGUGCACCCGCUCGAUUGUCAGGGGCCUUCGGCUGCAACAUGAGUUCAGCCAGUUCUUCCAGCAGCAUUACGACCAGGGUGUCUGCCUGUCAGACCGCAUGGAGUUUGUGAACGGCUGGUACAUCCUGCUGGUCGUGAGUGACAUCCUCACUGUCUCUGGGACCAUCAUGAAGAUUGGAAUCGAGUCCAAGAACUUGGCCAGCUACGAUGUGUGCAGCAUCCUCCUGGGCACCUCCACGCUCCUGGUCUGGGUCGGAGUCAUGCGGUACCUCAGCUUCUUCCAGAAGUACAACAUUCUGAUAGUCACCAUGCGAGUUGCCUUCCCCAACGUCAUCCGCUUCUGCUGCUGUGUGGCGGUCAUCUACCUGGGCUACUGCUUCUGCGGCUGGAUCGUGUUGGGACCCUACCAUGUCAAGUUCCGCUCCCUUUCGAUGGUGUCAGAGUGCCUUUUCUCCCUCAUCAACGGGGACGACAUGUUUGUGACGUUUGCUGAGAUGCAGCAGAACAGCUACCUGGUGUGGCUCUUCAGCCAGCUCUACCUGUACACCUUCAUCAGCCUCUUCAUCUACAUGGUGCUCAGCCUCUUCAUCGCUCUGAUCACCGGCUCCUACGAGACCAUCAAGCAUCAGUGCGAGGGCGAGACGGCCACCACGCAGCUCCAUGCCUACAUAGCCGCCUGCAAGGACAGCCCGAAGUCUGGGAAAUUUCGCCGGGGAAACAGCUCCUCGUGCUCCGCCUUCUGCUGCUGCUGUGAGCCAACCCCUCUGGAGGAGAACGUCCUGGUUGUCAACUGACGCCACCUGUGACAUGGCACGCGAAGGCCACGCUCUCCUGCUUGAAGCUGGGCUGCUUGGGGUGUGGACUUUGGAGAGUGAGGAGGCCUCCUGCAGAUGGCUUCCUGGCGCAAUAAGGAUGGCGAGAGGCGGCAGCUCAUCAUGGCCAGGUGCCAGUUCCGCAGGAAACCCGUGAGGCUGCGCCGCAAGGGAGAUGUGCCCGGGGGUGGAGGCUGCGAGCGACGUUCUGCACAGUCCCUCCAGACUUCCGAUGCGUCCGUCUGGGUCCUCGUGUCCCCCACGUUGCCCAUGUGCUGUGGAUGGCUGAGCAGCUGUCGAGUGGUGGAGACCCUGAUCCGCCUGCCUCUGCUGCUGGCACAGGGGCAGAGUGUAGAGGGCUGUGGCGGCACCCUCCAGACUUCCCCCGCGGCCGGGCCACGCCCUGGAAGGGCCAGUACAGCGCAGUGAUUCAGAGUGUGUUGUUGGACUCUAGGACCUGGGGGGGAGCCAGGCUCAGAUGACCUUGGGCCAGCCACGCGCUCUCUUGGCCUAGCC